AUGGUAGGCAAUGUCUUUCCUAGAAGUUGUGCGGAAAUGCGAGAGGAGAAGGUUGAUGUCGGAUCUGAUGGGUUUACCUGCGAGGCAUACUGCGGCGAAAUCACGAAUGCUUUCGAUCACUGCGGCGAAUCCGACCACGAAAUCGACUCGAAAUAUACACCUACAAGAAUCGAGUUGUGCGAUUGGCACACGUCACCAUACGCAGACCAGAGGAUGGUCAACGUUCCUAAGACUAGACGCACCUACUGCAAGGGCAAGGACUGCAGAAAGCACACACAACACAAGGUCACUCAGUACAAAGCAGGAAAGGCCUCCCUUUUCGCCCAAGGAAAGCGUCGUUAUGAUCGUAAACAAUCCGGUUAUGGUGGUCAGACAAAACCCGUGUUCCACAAGAAGGCGAAGACAACGAAGAAGGUCGUGUUGAGAUUAGAAUGCACAUCCUGCAAGACAAAGGCACAAUUGGCGUUGAAGCGAUGCAAGCAUUUCGAACUUGGUGGUGACAAGAAGACCAAGGGUGCUGCGCUUGUUUUCUAG